AUGAUUGAACCGCCAAUUACUUACACACAAGUGAUGUUACGAGAUGAGUUUGGUGAGCGCCUUCAUAAAGCUCGUCGUGAUGCUCGUAUUUCUAGCGCACAACGACGUCUAAUAGAUGCUGUCCAAUCAGAAUUCGAUCAAAACACGAAUUUACCCAUCGAAGAAUUGAAAAUACGUAUUGAAACAGCUUAUACCACCGAACUUGAAGCAUGUAAUCGGACAGCACGGCCGGAAUAUGAAAAUCCUGAACAAAUUGUUAAUAAAAUUCUUAAGUUUUAUAAUGCAACUGUACAAAGCAAAACGGCCAAUAUUCGAUACGGUAGCAUUUAUAACUUGCUUCCUUUAUUCGAGAUACAUGAAUUUCAAAAGCUGUGCCAACGAUUUGACGGUACCUGGGAAUGUAUGGUGAAGCGAGAACCUCAAGAGGCUAAUACGAGUAAUCCAAUUGUUAGAGCUUUCAAAAAGAUUUUUCUCGGAAACCCCCCGGACGAAUAUGCCGAGGAACUAUGGCAGCAUCUUCACGAUGAAGUGUGGUGGUGGUUCUAUGACCCACACAACAAUUACAAAAACAAAAAACUUCUAUCAUCUAUUUUUGUCGAGCUUUUGCCUCAAUUACGCAUAGAUAUUAGCAAGUUAAUGUGCGAACGUUUUCAGUCGUCGUCUGAUGCACGUGUGAUCACUCAUAUGAUUGAUUUGGUUGAAAAAUUAAUAAACGCGGAUGUGAUCAAACGAAACCAUCGACAUUUGGCACGAUGCAACUUUGUGUCAGAUGUGUCAUUGAUUGCACUGAAAAUGCUCAUUGACGAAGCCGUCAAAAUCGAGCAACAACGCCAAAGGCUUGAAUUAGAAAAAGCACAAAACGAUUUAGCCAAUUGGAAGGAAGCUAUCAACACGCAAAUUCAGUCUAUGCAAGAUUCGUUUGAACAAGGCAAAAAUAUGGCUGCUAUAGUAGCGGAAGAAAUCUUCGAAGAAGUCGGUCGAGUUUUACUUGACAAGAUUCUUCAUGAUGUGACAGCUGACAUCGUAAAAAGUCAAUUCAUUAAUCAUGAUGCUAUACAACGCCAGGCAUAUGAAGAAAGCAUCGUUCAAGCGAAUGGCGAGAAGAUCUUGAAAUAUGUAUUGGACAUCAACAGAUUCUUUCUUGAAUUGAGUCUACGCGAAAUAAACACAUCGCUUGUGACUAUCAUACACACACACAUGCUGAAUGCUGAACAUAUGAUCCUUAGUGUUAUUGCGAACUGCAAUGAUAUUGUUCAGGCGAGUGAAGAUGAUAAUAUACGACUGAUUGCCGACUCCAUCGAGCGAAGUAUCCUCGGGAUGGCUUUAUUUGCAGGAUCAGCAGAAAAAAAAUUUGCUUUAAAUGCAGUAAUGUCUCUGCCAAUUCAAAAUAUUGAUAACUUCAGACGCGGUUUCAAAAAAAUUCUCUUACAAAGUGCUAAUAUUCGGGAAAGAGUAGCCAUUUUGACACAAAAUAUCAAAAAAGAUGCUUUGGUCGGAUGCAAAAUCCGAUUAUCGCGACGCCUGGGAUGUCAAAGUUGUUGCCCAGGUUGUGGAGCCAAGUGCAGUCGACCGGAACCACACGAUGAAGAACCAUUUCAGCCGUGGCACGAGUGUCAAUGUCGACCAGGUCGAUGCAAGUGCAAAAAACCUCUAAGUGUACGUGUUAGUUCUCACGAAACUACGUACCACUUGGCUCAGGCGUUUCAUGGGAUACGAUUUUAUACACUCCAUACACCGGCUCUAGCACUGUGUUAUCAAGGAUGGAAAACAUGUUCGAUGAUGCUUGCCGAUGAUGAAGAAGUAUUUCCGCUUCAAAAGUAUUAUCAUUUGUACCAUCCAGAGUGGUACAAUAACUUGAACGCUCAAUCACAUGCCGGAACAGCCUGCAAUGAAAGAAUUCCACCUGCUGAUCAACGUCGAGCUUGGAUGGUGGUUCGUCGUGUGCUGCUUUGUCAUUACAAAGAAAACGGUAUGGUUGACAACGAUCAUUAUGACUCAAAGCUGUAUCCUAAAGUCAAUGCUUUGCCAAGUGACUAUGAACCAAAAUGGAAUGACACAGAAUUAAACUGAUUUUAUUCGUUUCUCUCUUUAAUUACAAACUUGACUGACCUGAUAUCCUUUCUUUGAUCAGUAAAUUUGAUUUAAAAGUGUAUACAAUUCAGAUCGAGAAGAAUACUAACUAUCCGAGAAUGCCAUAAACACAUUGGAAAUAAGUGGCAUGGAGCAGAUUUGCGCAUUUCUCCGCUCAUUGUCUUUAGUUUCUAAAAGUCAAAUUCUAGUGUGCUCAUUCGAACUCUUUUCUCAUAAAUUCAGAUCGAUGCUAAUGGCAAUCUUCUGAUAGAUUUGGGUGUGGGUGGGGUGUGCGUGUGCGUGUGCGUGUGGGCGUGGGUGUGGGUGUGGGUGCGGGUGUGCCUGUGGUGCGUUGGUGUGGGGUUUACAGCACAGAACAGAUAUUGUAGAUACCCGCACCCACACCCACCCACAGCCGGGGUACGUUCUUUUCUUCAAUACUGUGCAAGAUGAGAUAAUUUUAAAAUCAGUCAUUUCUGCAAAAGAAAUAUAUAAGAAGUACAUGGAAAUAAUCUGUCAUUCCUAUGAAAUUUUAGUUUUAGCAUGUGAUUUAGAUAGAGAAAGUUCAGAUCUAUAGUCCAAGAUAUAAUUCAAAUAAUUGUCUUCCCAUAUCCUAAUGUUGAGCAAAUAAGUCGUCUAUUUACACGCAAGAAAACUGUAGAUUUCUUUCAAUUCUUUAGCAAAUUUUCCUAAUUCUUUUGUCAAAAUUUCAUCUCAACAACAGAUAACUUUUGUAUAUUUUUUCGAUGAGUUCUAACAAAACGGUUGAUUUUAAAAUGACUUCAUCUUGUACAAUAUUGAAGAAAAAAAAACCAUUCCCACAUCUUCUCUAUCGACUGGUAAAAAUCGCAUCUCUUUAAAUUACUCGCUACUUGAGUUAUUGAAAAAAACAGUGAAGCACAUUGUAUUUUGAAACGAACAUUAGACUCUAUACUUUGAAUUUUCUUACUACCUAGAUACUUUCACAAUUGUAUCACACUGGUAAUGAGCAUAACUUUCAUAACAGAAUGGAAUCUUUUCUGGUAUUUCUAUUGUAAAAAGCAUGAAUUAAAUAGUAAGGGUGUGGGUGGUGUGGGUGUGAGUGUGUGGGUGUG